AUGCCUCAAUUAACUUUAUCCCGUUCACGCUUCGUUGUCGGAUCUGUGCUCCAGAGCUUGGCGCCGAAGUCAAGAUCAAAGAAACAACAAUCAUCUGAUUCUGAUGCCCAUCGGACCGCAGAAGACUCGCUACCCCUUCCGGAAGACACGGAGUCCGAAGAUAUUCAUGUUGAUCCACAUUUCAACAUAAAUAUCUUAAAAAGAUAUAAUGCUCAAUGUUCGAAUAAAAAGCCAUUCAGAGAGCCUCCCGUCAGCGAAAAUUUCUCACAGCGGGUCAUAAUGGAAUACGAACAAGUUGAUACCGAUGACGAGCGUCCAAUUGCCCGCUUUCCACAAGCGCGGCCCCUCCCAAAACGACGCCAGCCAAAGAAGCCCAGUCCAUUCGGAAGGCGGAUUCGAAUGCCAAAAUGA